AUGUUUGUUUUACCACCGCCCCCCAGAUACCCAUCCCAAGCUGCCUACAAUUUGGCCGUCCAAAAUGGACAGGCAGCACCUAUGAUCGAGACGAAUAACAUCCUAUCACACCCGACAGGACCAGAAUACCAACUGGUCGUUGGUGAAGGAACAUAUACCUUGAAGGAUGACUUACACCUUGCGACUCCUCCGCCCCAUCCCUCCGAAGCCCCCAUUGUCAAUCCGAAUCCUCUUGCAACAACUCCACAACCGGCCACGGCUGGGGUUAAACUGUCUCUUUUAUCACUGAGCUCCAGAAGCUCGCCGCCCUUCUUGUAUAGAGUGGGAACAAACCAGAGCACAAGGUCGAACCUCAAUUCUAGCAUACAGGAACAUCCCGGCGAAGGAAGAGCAUCCGGUGACCAAUUCCCUUCCAGUAGUGAUGGCGGAGAUACCUCAGCGACUGGCAGUGCUAGAGCAACACUCUCCAUUGGCUCUGCACCAGCUUUUGGGGAGGGAAAUACGUUCCUUUCUGCCACUGGUAAGGAUACUGGAAAACGACGGAAACCAAAGAACAAUAUUGCAAAGAGCAAUUCUUCCUUUAUCUCAAGAUGCAUUGUCCACGAAAACCUGGCCAAGAGGUUGCAGGAUCGUCCCGCAGAAGGAUAUUUUGCCUUUGCAAACAUCAACCGAGCAUUUCAAUGGAUAGACUUAGCUUCUCCCCAGAAAGCCGAACACUUGACUAAAAUUCUUUUCACUAAAGGGCAUUGUCUUUGCCACGAUAUUAACCAGGUGACGAAAAGCCAGAGUCAUAUUGAUCUCAUAAUGGGAUUCUCGACUGGUGAAAUUAUCUGGUAUGAGCCUAUAUCUCAGAAGUAUACACGACUGAACAAGAAUGGGUUAAUAAAUUCGACUCCAGUGUCUGAAAUUCGAUGGAUUCCUGGUUCGGAAAACCUAUUCCUUGCGGCUCAUAUGGAUGGUUCCCUGGUUGUAUACGACAAAGAGAAAGAAGACUUUCCUUUUUCGCCGGACGAGCAUAAUUCUCCAACUAAUGACAAUUCUGAAACUGCUAAUGGCGAGGGUGAUUCCUCUACUAGACUUCAUAUUGACAAAUCUGUGCAUUCUAAGAAUCAGAAAACCAAUCCGGUCUCAUUCUGGAAGUUAUCAAACCAACGGGUAAAUGCAUUCGCAUUUUCUCCGGACAAUAGGCAUAUUGCUGUGGUAUCUGAAGAUGGUGUUUUGCGGAUAAUUGACUAUCUUAAAGAGGAGCUUUUAGAUCUGUUUUCGAGCUACUACGGUGGACUUCUCUGCGUAUGCUGGUCGCCAGAUGGGAAAUACGUGCUCACUGGCGGCCAAGAUGAUUUGGUCUCGAUAUGGUCUGUCGCAGAGGCAAUGAUAGUUGCCCGAUGUCAAGGUCACCAAUCUUGGGUCACCGCUGUAUGCUUCGAUCCAUGGAGAUGCGAUGAUAGGAACUAUCGAUUUGGCAGUGUAGGCGAAGAUUGCCGGCUUCUUUUGUGGGACUUCAGCGUCGGUAUGCUGCACAGGCCAAAAACAUCAUCUGUAAGGCAAAGAGGAAGUAUAUCGUCACGCCUCGCCAAUCCGUUGCAGCGAGCAGAGACAUCAAACACAACUGCAAGUAAACUUAGGUCGAAUUCUGUUGUUUCUGUUGACGGAGAAUAUGAGCAUACAAUACAACAUGAUGUGGAGCCAAGGGCAACUACUGCAACGCUGCCACCUGUUAUGUCCAAAGUUAUAGAUCCAGACCCACUAUGUUGGUUAGAAUUUACCGAAGAAUCCAUAAUUACUAGCUGCAAGAGUGGGCAUAUUCGCACAUGGGACAGACCUCGGGAUUCGAGCGAUAGUGAUGUAAUUUCCUCCUCGGCAUAA